GCGCAAGCACGGCUCGACGCCGGCGGCGGCGGUGCCGCUGCCACCGCGCAACUCGGCCUUCCUCUGCCGGCUCUGCAAGAACGGCUACUCGUCGAUGGGCAACCUGCGGCGGCACUGCCAGCUGAAGCACGGCGAGCACGACCUCGCGACCCUGCUCGCGCACGUGAUGGGCCAGCAGGGCGACGGCGGGGGCGGCUCGAACAGCUUCUCCGUUCUUGACGUCACGAAGAUCCGUGCGAACAUGGACCGCUCGCUGGAGGUCCUCCACCACCUCGGCGACAUCUCGGACGACGACGACGAUGAGGGCGGGGAGGAGGCAGAGGAGGAGGAGGAGGAGGAGGAAGGGGAGGAGCCGGGCGACAGCGAUACGGCGUACUACUGCCGCCACUGCGACGACGUGUUCGCGUCGAUGCACGAGCUCGUGGUGCACUCGGGCGAACGCCACGGAGACGCAUCGCCCGGCGUGCCGGCGUACCGCUGCCACGUGUGCGAUGACAAUGGCCGCGCGUUCACGCAGCGCGACGCCUGCCUCGCGCACAUCCGCGAGCGCCAUCCGGACGAGUUCGCCGAGGUGACACCGGGAGGCGCCGGCGACAGCGACGCGACGAGCCCGGACUAUAGCGAGCGGCACUUCCUGUGCGCGUUCUGCCCGAAGCGGUUCUGGUCGUCGCAGGACUGGCGGCGCCACCUGCGCACGCACUCGGGCGAGCGGCCGUACCAGUGCCGCGUCUGCCGCCGCCGCUUCUCGCUGAAGCACAGCAUGAUGCGCCACCUGAAGAUCCACCUCGACGAGGCGGCGGCGGCGGCGGCGGCGGCGGGAGAGGGCGCGGAUGUAGGUGGCGCUGCCGACGCCAUGCACGUCGACGACGGUGAGGCGGAGGAGGCGGAGGAGGCGGAGUCACCGGGCGAGGAUGUGGGCGGCGGCUCGCUGGACAUGAUCCAGAACUUGCUGGGAUUGGAGGACGCCUCAAUGAUUGACAAGAUGCUAGAAAGUGCAGACAAGGCUGCGGAGAUGCUGGGCGUGACAACAUAGGCCCCGCCCACCUGCCCCGCCCAUCUGCCCCACCCCUGCCCCUGUACAUAGAGAUGUCACUUCCUACAGAGUGUUGCACGAUCUUCCAUGCAAAUGUGUCUGACUCUGGCUGUGGUUUCGCGAGCGAGCAGGAUUGUGCGGUUGACCGACCGCGCGGAGUGACCGUUCGCGAGAACACGCAACCACUGCUGCUGCCCGCGUGAUUAUACGUGCGGGCGCAUGCACGCAUGGGGACAGGUAGGCCGUGCUUGCCCCUAGGCGGCUGUUGGCUGUGUUGUCCUGCGUGCUCGCGAUCGUGCGGGGUGAGUAGCCCUGCCUGCAGGGAUGCACCAGCUCAUCGUUCGUUACUUACGCAUGCAGGGAUGCUGCGGUCGUCGGCUCGCAGGUGCGUCGCUCGUUAGCGGCGGCCCGCAGCAAUGCAAAAUCGGAUCGUUCACCCCGCCGCGUCGUCGUCGUCUGAGCGUGAGCAGGAAUGCGUCUGCACCGCAGGCGGGUGAGGAUGACUAACGCGGCGAGCGAUCGCGACGAACAAUGCAGCGGUGCGGCGGCGCAUGCGAUUACGAGGUCGCGCCUCGGCGAACGUCGUGACCUCUGACCUCCGCUCCGUGGCGACGCAACGAGACUGCGUCCCAUCUUUGCGACUGUGCGGCAGCAUUCGCGACGCGUCAUCGUGUGAGGUGUGAGGAUGAAGAUGCUGACGAACUGAACCCCGCACGAGAAUCACAACAUUCCAUGCGACGAAGAUUCCUGAGUGGUCCAAGGUCAUGAGGAAUCGACGUCCAGUAGGCAUCGGGGUUUGCGACCUCACCGCUGGCACCCCAACGCUACUACGAAAUCUGGGACCAGGUUAAGGAUGUAGGCGGCAGCAGCGUGCCGUCGUCAUGUCUGCACUAGUUAUUAUGUUUUAUAAUGUGUUAUUAUGCAUUAUGCGUUUAUCGUGUGAUUUAGAUAGCAUUUCGGCAUGUGGUGUACAUAUACGCGUCGUGUAGGGGGGAGGCCUGGACUGUGCUAGACUGCUACCACUGUCAGGCAGGUGAGAGAUGUGGGCCAGUGAACUCUGCACUGUAUCGCGCGUCAGAGAGAACGGUUUCGCUCUGCCGGCUGGCUCCCAACACGCAUGCAUGUCAUGCAGUCACACGAGACGGUGAGGCAUUUGUGAUGCCAUUCUGAGGCAGCAUAGAGACCGCAAUAAUGCCAAAUUAAGGUGGGGUUGAGACGCAUGCCUCAUUCGAUGCCACAUUGGGGCAAGGAAUGACCUAGUCUCCAUAUCUCUCUUUAGAGGGAAUUGAGAUAAGGACGAGGUGGAAUCAAGAUAUGGUUCGAUAACCAUAAUGGGUUUAUACUGAUCGCCCACUGAUUACAAUAAUGUGUACGAUGUGUGCAAUAAGGCAAAUUUACGAUGUAAGCUAAGUUUAUGACAUAAGGCAAGUUAAUCAUAUGAAGCAAGUUAAUCAUAUAGAACAAGUUACCUAUAUGAAGCAAGUUUGCCUAUGUAUAGCAAGGUUUGGAUAGACCCCUCUGUUAAAGGGCUUCACACGUGAUAGGCCUAUCUGCAUGCCGGGGUGUGAUAAGCAUGCCCCCUUGGAUUGUUGCCCGGUCAUUCAGGCUAGAUGUAUUUAUAAGGGUUUUUCACCCGCACACGCCACAUUGUCAACUUUCCGUCAGGUUGUUACUAAGUGGCGAUUGCAGACCUCCCCUAUCACCACACUUAUUGGCUAGAGCUGGCUGUCGGUCAUCGAUCUCACGCUGAUAAGUCGAUUCUACCACGGGUGUUCCCUGAUUUAGUUAGCUGCGAGGUUUUGAAAAAUUCAAGGUGGCGUGUAAUAUACCGAUGCUUCAAGGCAGAGUGUAAUAUACCGA